GACAUUUAGUUUACAGGAACAAGAAGUUUGUCGAUCUGGAUCUUUAUCAUCAGCGAUUCUUGUGGUUCUUUGAGCAGUCUUCGUUGACGAAGCCACAACAUCAUCGAAGCCACAUCUUCACGACGAUUGAUUCCGAAUAGUACAAGAAAGCCUUUUUCUUUUUCUACUUUUCAACAUUCCCUAUAAUUGAAGAAUCAAUCCAGCAGUAGUUCCGCUGUCAUUGUCAAUGUUAUCCCGCCUUUGGCGCAGCUUCGUGAAAAGGGGUUUCCGUUUUUGAAAGAAGGAUGAAGUUCUUGAUCUCGUCCUUCCGGGUGGUGCGAUUUAUUUGGUAACAACAACGACGAGGGUCGUGGGCCAGAAGAUCUUCAUCUGACUUGACAACAGCGAAAAACCUUGUCCCUGUAUAGUCUGUUGUCGUUCAAAUUCAUCAUAAAGGAGGACCACACCGGUGACGAGUUUUCUUUGUGCGGCUCGGCAACCUCCUGCGCACCAGUGGCAUGUUUCGAAUAGCAUUACGGAUGUCGGAGUAGGAGUUCUGCAACUAAGUACACAAAGGCUGCAGCACUAUUUCUUGGCGUGCGGCCGGGGAGUCCGAGGACGAGGAGGACGAUCUUGUAAUUAAGUACUACAGCCCAGUAGGACCAGAAGCGGAAGCAGAAAAUUCCGCGACGGUGUCGCGUGAUACUAGCGAGGAAGCAUUUCGAAAUUUUGUGUCGAAUAUUACGGGUUGUUUUUCUGGGGCGUCUGUAGAAGCUCGUUUUAUCGCCGACACCUACUACUACUUGGAAGUGGAACUCCAGCAAGCUAGCGGCGGUGGGAACUUGAGAGCACGACGAUAGCGAAUUCGAAAGGCCGGCGCCAGAGUGUUAGUUUGCAGCUCAAGUAGAGCAAGCUGAAAGUAAGUAGCGGACGAGCUGGAAGGAACUUCUCCAUCUGCCUCUACUUCUUUCCUCUUAACAACAAGAUGGGCGAUCACUUUGACCUUGUCCGAGGUCCGUCGCGAGACCAGGUAAGAACCGUAUGUGGAGUGGGUUUUUGUGAUGUUAGAAUUAGAUAGACAUAGAUGAAACUGAAACAUUUAAGUACGAAAUAACGUUCAAGUAGACUGGCUUCCCAACGCGGGUCGUGCGGAAAUUUGGACAGCAUGAAGAUUUUCAAUCGAUGGUGGGUUGAUGACGUGACGAAAUGUAUAUUACUUUCUUACGCCUGGCGAAAGGAAACAAAUUUUACCAAAGCUAAAGCUAAAUCUGUUCCCACUCAACGCAGGACCAACUUUCGCCGGACGAUCUGGAAUAUCGAGCCGUGCUAUGAAAUGGAGUCGAUAAUUCAGCUUUUUGAUGAAACAAGUCGCGUCUGGGAUAACAUUAACAACACAACUUGACGCCGACCUCCCUCGCCAUGCGCUGCGCGCAACUUUUUGUAAAAGUGUAUAAAUGCUGCAAGUGAUCAUGCAUCACCGACGUCAUAGGCAUGACCGAGAAAGCAGUUUCUCUUUGCUUGAGGAUACUCCAUUGUGAACAAGUUUUCGUACUGGUCCGCGCCAUCGACUUUAUUGAGGAGGACCCUCCGUAGUUGACUCUGCCUGGCGGAGUUGAGACUUCUUGUAUCAAAAAAGCUUCCGGCUUUUGCCACUCUACAUUUUCUCGACGGCCUUAUUCCGCUCGUUUCGGAGAUCAUAGACGCUCAGGGCGGAUUGUGCAGUUUGGGCUUUGUCAUGAACGACGACAGGGUGAAGGCACAGCUGGCGCGGGUCCCAACCGGCUUCGACAAAAAAAUCACGAAGAUACUGAGUAUAAUUUUGAUUUUGCGGCCCUCCUCGGGGUUUCAUACUAUUCGUUCGAUGCUGAUGUGAAUAUCGCAAUUAUCGCAAGGAUGAAAUAAACUGCUGGGAAGAUUUAGAUUGUGCAUGUUAUGAUUUCUGUCAAACCGUAAAACAGGAUUUUACAACGAGUAUUUUGCCAUCAUUGACAAUGGAAUGGUUGCCACGAGUACCGGCUUCGAGACGGGGAAAGUCGUGUUUAACAAUGCGGGCCAGACGGUCGCAGCCAAUGCCGCUUCCGUCUCGGGGGAGAACCUGGGCACUGCCAUAUUGUGAGGAAAAAUCACCCCCAUAUUAAAAUGCAACUUUGUGAUGCUGUUUUGUGGUCACAAAUCAGAUUUGUCUUGCCGAAAGUGCUUGGCGGUAGUUUCUAACCUGUUCGUCGGGUAUGCAGAAGGCUAGCGAUUAGGCAUGGCAAACAGAUUCGCAGUAGUCGAAAGCGCAUGACAGCCUGGCUGCAGUAUGCGCCAUAAGCAUCCUAUUGCCCUAUAGGCAAGACAAAGGCGAUUUGUGAGCAUUAAGCAGCAUCAGAAAUUUCCAUUUUGAUAUGGGGCGGGGGCAUUUUUCCUCACAAUAUGCCACAACCUCGGGCCUAUGAACUGCAAAAGUAUCGUACUCGUAUAAAUGCAUCACAAAUUUCCUCAGCAUGAGAAAUAAAAUUUGUCAUGCUAAUUUACCUUAAGAAAAAUAUUUGUAAUGCAAGACUUGCAUUUAUACGAAUACGAUACUUUUGCACAGGAUAGGGCCCGUCCGGGUACGGGAAGGGAGCCGGUGGAAAGUAUCGCAAGGAAAAAUCCCCCCUCCCCAUAUUGAAGAGGUGAGGUUUCGAGAAUUUGUGUUGCUGAUUUAAGGUCACAAAUCACGUUUGUGCUGCAAGAAGACAAAGGCAGCAGCUUCCGUCCCAUUAUGGAGGCGGUUUGUCAUGCUGUUGAGCCAACAUCACGGACGCUUCUCAUGCUAAGCGCCAAAGUCAAAGCCUCUCUACUCAGGCUUGAUAUGGGUCUGCAGUCCUCUCCAGCAAGACAAAUGCGAUUUGUGUACUCAAAUACAGCAACACAAAUUUCGCUUUCGAUAUGGGGAGGGGGGAUUUUUCCUCACAAUAGAAAGGGCAGCGGUGGCGCGGGGAAAGGGGGACGCGCACCCGGUGGCGGGAACGAAACCACGGACCAAAAAGCGAUACAGGACGCUGCAGACCGGCUUUGGAAGUAGAAGAACUUUAGUUUCGUCAAUGAAUAAGAACUACGUGGUGAACAAUAAUAGGAGUCUGACUUCUCGAGAUGGAGGACAUAGAGUUGUGGUAGGUCCGUCCCGCGAGUGAGGUCGCCCGCGACCGGGCAAAAUGGCAGGCCGGAGGGGAGGCGACUUGGCCCAGGAGCCAGGAUGGCAGCGGGCGCACGCAAAUACCUCCCGCUGACCUUACCGCGGCGCCAGUGGGUGCGUCCGUUGGUGUUGUAGGGUAUUGCGGCUCUUUGGCGAUCGCGGGCGAAGCAACUCGGGGGCGGGGGCUAAGGCCCCCCCUGCGCUAGCUUUUGACUGGGCCCGGGCUUUGGCCCCUGCGCCACCCCGGGUGGGCCGCGCCGCCCUUUGGGUGGGUCGUUAGAAGUUGCCCGGGCCAGGCCCCCCCGCCGGUUUUUUGUUGCAGAGUGAAAGAACAGCCGCGCGCCGGGGGCCCGGCGCCCGCUGGCUUUUGCGCGCGAAGCCCGGAGGCUUCUUGCGGCCGGCCGCAAGCGGCAAGCGUCUCUCUGGCCUCCGCGGCCUUGUGCGCAGCGCCCGGCCCAACCCGAGCGACCGCCCGCGGUCGCCCCAAGGCCCCGGCGGCUAUUUCAUUCGGGCGGGCUAGGGGGGCUGGUGGUGUUCCAUUCCCGCCCCGGCAUAGGCGCGGGCUUCUUUUGUAGCUAUGCUCGCUGGGGAUGGGGUCCGGAAUGGCUCCGGGCGGCUUUGGCCCGCCGCGGCCCAGCGCAGUGAGUGCUUCCGAAAGAAAGUAUUUCAAGGGGGCGCCGGGUGUUUUCUGCGUUGGCUUUUCAUUCUAUUGGCUUUGGAAAAUUUUGGGAAGGCUUCGGGGAGAUAUUCGGGAGGCCCCUGCCGUGCUCUUUCCAGUUUUUCCAGAAAAAAGAAGAACGGGGGGGCCCGCCUUGCGGCCUCCGCGUUGGUGCGUCUGCCCGGGCCCGCCGCACGGGAGGCGCGCCCGCAUAUUGGAGGCGUUGGCCCGCCCCGGGGAAAGGGUGCGCCGCAGAGCGCGGCCAGGGAGGCGGGCCAGUCUGCCCUUUGCCGUCCGAGCCCGCCCCGGCGGCUUUCGCUUCUGCCCUGCCCUCCGCGCCGCCCCAUGGCAGUCUUUUGGCCGGCCUUGUGCUUCGGGGCAGCCAGGCGGCCUGUUGGCCCGCCUCCGUCCGCCCCGGCGCGCGCCCGUCCAUUUCGCCGGGGGCCCCGGGCCUUCGCUCCUUGUAUUGCCCGGCCCGUGCGUGUGUCCCACGCACUCGGCGUGCGGGUGUACCGCCCGCGCCCUAGCCAGAAACUGCCUGCGUGGCGCGCCCCGCCCGCGCGGGCGGGCACGAAAAAGGGGCCGGCCCCAGGACAGGCGUGCGCGGGCGAAGGGGCCCGCAGGAAGGGUGGCGCCACUUAUUUUGCCCACUGGACUGACUGACUUCGCCCGGUCGGUCGCAAUGGCGGUGGGCACGCACCCACGCAGGCAAACCAGCUCGGCGGCCGAACUGCCGGCGAGGGCCCGAGGAGCGAUGGAGCAGAGAAGCUGCAUGCCGCCGCCCUAAUGAGAAUGAAGACUGGCAAAAAGAGCAGGGGCGGGGCCCGCCAAAAGUUGGGCGGCAGUGGGCCUCGGCCUGGGCAUCCACCCCAUGUGCGCGCCCAUGCUAUGGGCACCGUUGUGACAGCCGGGCGGGUCGUGCCCGGCCUGCCGCGCGCGGCUUUCUCUGGGCCCUCUCGCGUAGUUCGGGUCCAGAGGGGCCGUGGGUCUUGGUCUUGCUUUUCCUUUAUCGGUCGCCGCGCCGCCGUGUCCUACCUGCAGAACAUUACUCAAUAGGCAUAGCCAUUAUUUAGUCAUGACGGCGUGGCACGGGAGUAAAGACCUUGGAAUUAAUGCGGGCAGGGUGCCUAACCCGCGGGGGAGAAAACAGUCCAAAGCCCGGGGCGGUUGGAUGUGGAUCAGGGGCAAAUUUUGUGCAUGUGCUGGAAAUUUAUUGUUGAAAUAUUUUUGAAAAGCUUUGCGCGGUCCGUUUGUAGGGUAGCUUUGCCUUUGCCAUCGCGUCGCCUUAUAGCUUUGUCUUUUGUCGCCGCAUUCCCGACAUCGCACUACCAUGAGGAUUGAGUAUAUUCCGCAUGGAAAACUCGCGCAAAUUGUUAAAGAGCACCAUACCGCCGCGAUUGGGGUUUUUCUGAUUUUUCGGUUUUCGGUUUUGGGUUUUAUAUAGCAAAAUCUCCUCCCUGGUCCUCCCUACCCUGGGACCCGGGAUUCUAUAAACUCUUCUGAUAUGAGUCUGCCUUCUCGAGAUGGAGGACAUAGAGUUGUGGUAGCUGUGCUUAUUCAAUAUCGGUACUAAAUUUGUCAAAUCGGACUUACCACGUGCACGUCGACAAGAUUCUUGUGAAACCCGACAACAGUGCCGUCUUCGACAUUGCCGACGAGGACAAAUUUGCGGCCGCGAUUGGCGAGGUGAAUUACGUGCGAAAGAAGCUCUGGGAAAAGGGCAUUCUGCACCUCCCAACCCCCGACUCCCUCGGCGCUGGCGCCUUGGGCGGGGCCGGGGGGACCAACCACGACGGCGGUAUCGGGCACAUUCCUUUCGCCGGCAACGUCACCCACCUAGUACCCGGCGCAGCUGGUGGAGGUGCGCCCGCCCCAGGUUGUGGUGGCGGCGGGGGAAUAAAUAGCAAGGCCGUCUCCGCCGCCGCCCCCGGCUUUGGAAACCCCACCGCGCCGGGAGGAGCAGGAGCUCCGGGGCUAGGGGGGCCCGCAGCCGCGAACAACAACAGCUGUACCUACGCCGCGGCGCCCGGAUUCGGGCCCGCACCGGGUUUCGCCGCAAACAGCCAGCAUAACAGCUACGGGUCGAGUUCCUACAACCAUCAUGGCCCGAACACAACCAGUCCGAACGUGGUCAAUAACAGUGCUUGUUACGACCAGCACGGGUAUAAUAACACCUCCACAGCUGCGCAUCUUUCCGGUAGUACUUCGCACCACACCACCACAGCGAGCGCGGCGCACAGCAGCAACAAUCCCCCACUGUCGCUCGAGAAAAGAGACGGCCGCAUGGCGGUUUUAGGGCAGGCGUGUGUGGACUUCUUGGCGCAGUGUCCGGAGAAAACGGUACUGAUGCAGCACUUGAGCUCUGACCCACAGAUCACGGAGCUGAAGCGCGGUGUGGUGGCGAAGUUUGAAAAAUGGAUCAAGCAAAACGAGCAUGUGUUUCGGCUAAAGGAGGUGCAUCAGGGGGGCACGGUAAGUAAUAUUUGGUGAUGUCUACUAUAGAUAGUUGUUGAUCCUUCCAUGUUGAAAGCGAAUUUAAGCAGCAGUUCUAUACUGUACAAUUUUUUUCUUCACAUAAAAAUCAGGUAAAAACGUACAUCAACCUGCACUUGGAGCCCAAUGAGAACGGCGAGAUGAUAUUUCCCUCGGCAGUGAGUGGCCUGCACCCCUGUGCCUCGGUGGCGGGUUGUUAAAAGAACAUGUUAAUAUCGUGCUGGUCGACGUCGGUUCUGGAUUUAUUUUCGGCGCUCCCCGAGGCUGAGGUGCAGGAGUACUUCUUUUAGGCGUUUGGUUUGCGCUAGGAUACUAUUACUAUACAAGUUACAGCACCUCCUCCCUGAUAGUGCAAGGGAAAAGAGCUACGGGAUAGGAUUUCCUGGCAGAAAGUAAAGCAUAAGCAUUCCAAUGGAUGAAUCGACAUCACGACGACAAGAAAGACGAGAAUAAACGCCACGACUGAUAGAAGUAAGUACUUAUCAUCUAUUCGCGCUUCCAGAUGAACGGCAUGACUGAGUAUGUGAGUUCUUCUCUGUAAACUCGACGACGCAGAGGCAGAUUGAAUCUGCAAUGUAAAAAGCGACAUCAUCACAACUAAU